UUCAAGAGUAAACAAACUUGGAACAUAACUUAGUGUAAAUGUUUGCUCCUUUAAGUGUUGUGUUAUAAAGUAAAUGACGUAGGCCUAAAAUAUAUUUUAUCGAGGCUAAAAUAGCAAAUUACUUAUAUCUAAGUUUUAACACACGCGACUUGGUUUCCACGAAAGAGUGCACUCCUGAUUCCUAGGCUUUCUCAAUGCUUAACCUUAACAUUAUCAUAAAUUAUCUACUUAACCAUUAAUGUUUGCUUUUUUAUAAGACUGUCGUGAACAAAUUAUCAAUGAAUACCAAAAGAAAAUUCGACAACAGAAACUCAAGUGGGAGGAAUUACAACAAUUUCAAUGUUAAAACAAAUAGCAACUAUUUAACCUUAAAUGAUGAUGACAAUACUGUUCAAUGUAAACGAACUGAAAUUAUUCGAGAUGGAAGAAAAUUUCCAGUUUUCCAAAAACCUUCAGUGAUUGGUGUCUUCAGUGUUGAUACAAACAGAAAGUUUCUUCCUAAUGAAAGUCAACUUAAGUACUUGUUUUGGUGCAAGUCUCGUCAAGGAGGUCUUGCUAGCAAAGUAAAUUUUAAUUUAAAUGAAGGUAUUGAAAAAUGUGUUCGUAAAGAUGAGUUGCUCAACGAGAAACUAGAUCAUAUAUUUACCUGGAUACAAGCAGAAGGGAAUCAAAAAGAAGAAUUUCAAACAGCUGAUUUUGUGUGUUUCCGAGGUCUUCUGACCACUAUUAUGUGUACACCUUACGAGCAGCAAGAAGGCUGGAUUAUUUGUGCUACGAGAUUGAAAAAUACAAACUUUUUAUGUGCCUUUGACACUGAAAAGAGGAAGAGAGAGAAAGAAAAUGUUUCAGACAGACUAAAACAAUUUCAGUCUUGGGGUUACAAGUUCGAACAGUUUAUGUUGGCUGAAGAACCUGGUCAAGAACCAGACACGUCACAUCCAGUGUUGGAGACUGAAGAGUUGUGCUGCAUUUUCCGAAGCAAGUUGAGCGGCAACAGUUUAGUUUACGCUGCGGAGAUGGACGGCGUGUGCAGUGAUGAGCCUGUGGACGCAGCGGGGCUCAGGAGCAUGAAGGCACCGUUUAUAGAACUCAAGACCAGUCGUCACAUUGAGACUCAGCGUCAGGACACAAGCUUCAAGCGAUACAAGUUGCUGAAAUGGUGGUGUCAAAGUUUCCUCGUUGGCAUUGAGACGAUUUACUGCGGUUUCCGAGAUGAUGAUGGCAUCGUUUCUACUGUGAAAGAAUACAAAGUGAGGGAGAUACCUAAAAUGGCCAAGGGUUUCUGGGACCCUUGUGUCUGUAUGAACUUCUGCGCCCAGUUCUUGGACUUUGUGAAGCGAUGUAUAAACGAAAGUUCAAGACCGAAUGCAUUGUGGAAAUUUGAAUGGAAUCCUGGCAGUUCUAUCACGGGCAAGGAAAUCAAUGGGCAAUCUGAGUUUUCAUUUGUGCCUGAUUGGUAUUUGAAAUCAGAGUCAUAAAACAGUUAGCAUGUAUUGUAAAGUGAACAUUACAAAUGAUUUAAGAACAAUUCACCACAAAGGCUGUGUUCAUAUCAAGAGCUUGAAGCAUCAGAGUAUGUUAUUUUUUGUUAAGUUUUUGUCAAUAAAGACAGUUUUAUUUUAAGUAAGUUUUAAGGUUAGGUUGAACAUUUGAACAAUGUUGUUCCAAAGGAACAAAAAAACUGAAUAUAAACUGAGACAUAAUUUUAAUAACAAACUUGUUUGGAUCAGUUCCUAUUUUUCUCUUUGAUUCAAUGUAGGUUAUUCAUCAGAGAUGAAUUAGAAAAUGAUUUAGCUUAAAUACCCUAGUGGGUUCAGUUAAGAAAACACUAAAAUACGAAAAUUAAGUAACAGCAUGUAGUCUUCAUAGACUUUAACCAAUAGCAAAUAUAGCCUACUAUUUAUAUUAUGAAUGUAAAUUGGAUAGUUGAGAAAAUGUUGGAACUUUACUGCUAUAAAAUUAGUUAUGUACAAAUAAUUGCUAGGAAAUAUUUUUCACUUCACUUUUGCCCAGAUAUUUAAUAUCACAGUAUUUAAAAAUCAACGUUUCUUCACAGUUCAACUAUUCCACAGUAUAUUUUUGUGCCAUUUCAGCAAUUUCCAACUUCGAGUAAAACUGGUAAAGGGUAACCUUAUUUAAAUUUUAGCACUAUAUAAAAAAACAUUGUCGGAUCACAACUUUAGUACAAACAGAUUUUUUGUUGUUUUUGUUAAUAUUUUAAAAGGAGACCAUGUAUAUUUAUUUUUAACCAUUUGAUGUAAGAUUGCUUUUAAAAGUGUAGGCUGUAAGCAUGAUAGACAUACAUUGCAUUGUUUUAUAACAAUGACCAGUUUUAUAUGUUUCUAAUCCUUCAUUACUUUAUUUGUUUUUGAUUCUGUAUUCAUUUGCGGUGCAGGGCUAACCAUAUUUGUAUGGUAUGUAAUGGUUGUAAAACUAAACAGUUAAUAAAUU